GCUGGGUCCGCAGCGCACCCUGAGCUCGCCCGGGUCCCUGGCUCCCGCGUAGCUGCGGCGCGGCGGCGGGCGCCUCUGUUAGCCUCGGGCCGAGCCCGGAAAGCGAAGCCUCUGCUGGAAGUUCACGGAUCCCGGACCCCCAGCUCUCAGAUUGAAGGAGGGAUUCACCCGGUCCUCUGGGGGCCUGCGCCCUGAGCCCCACAGCGGGUGGCUGCAGCCUGGAAGCUGAACUGUGCAGGCUUGUUUGGACUCAGGCCAAUCAGAGAGGAGAAAGAAGACACCGUCUCUGGAAAAAACCCUGAGCUUUCAUAAGGUUUUCCUCUUGCUGUUUUUGGUUUUCACAACUCCUUUUACAGGACCUGUUAUUUUAGCAGGUCAAAUUCUGGGGCCCAUCAUGUCCAGUUUUGAAGAUGCUGACACAGAAGAGACACUCACUUAUCUCCAGAUAACUGUUUACCAUCCUGGCCAGCUAAACAGUGGAAUUUUCCAAUCAGUAAGGUUUUACAACAGAAAAAAACUCCCCUCCAGCGAAGUGUUGAAAUUUGGCCGAAAUUCCAACAUCUGUCAUUAUACCUUUCAGGACAGACAGGUUUCCCGAGUUCAGUUUUCUCUACAGCUAUUUAAAAAGUUUGAUAGCUCCGUUCUCUCUUUUGAAAUUAAAAAUAUGAGUAAAAAGACCAGUCUGAUUGUGAACAAUAAGGAGUUGGGCUACCUAAAUAAAAUGGACCUGCCGUACAAGUGCAUGGUCAGAUUCGGUGACUAUCAAUUCCUAAUGGAGAAAGAAGAUGGAGAGUCAUUAGAAUUUUUUGAGACCCAAUUUAUUUUGUCUCCAAGAUCACUCUUGCAAGAAAGCAACUGGCCACCACAGGAGCCCAUACCUCAGCAUGGCAGUUAUUCAUACUGUUCUACUAAAAGCACUACUCCUACAGAAAUGGAUGAAAAUCAAUUGUGAACACAGAUGGCCAAGAGGAGAAUCAUGAGGAUGAAGAGCUCCGUAGUCAUUUUAUAGAUGCUCCAACCUAUUCAUCCCAGGAAAUUUAUUUUUCCUUGGCUCCUUAAGUGAAGGGAUGUGUUAGUUGGUACCAGUGACACAGUUGCCAGCCUGAAAAUAACAGCCACAAUGAGAG